AUGGGUCGCUUAAGAGUCCUCUCGUUCAUAUCGGCAGGCCGCAGAGGCUCAAAGAACAACCCUCCCUCUCCUCCUACUCCUCAGUCCGAUUCCUCCAUCUCUCCAGUAAAGUCCUCAUCUGCGGAUGGAUUCCAGGCCGCCUCCCUUCCUCAGGAGGUCCCGAACCCCGUUUCCGGGAAUAGCCCCCGCGCGACACUCCAAAGACCAAACAGAACGAACGCACGCCCAGUUUCUACCGUGCUUCAGCAGCAGCAGCAGGUGGUCCCGUCCGUGGAUGCGGAGAAUGUGCCCCUACCGGAGCUGGAGCCUAUCUUUUCAUACUUGAAUAGUCAGUCGGGAAAGCUAUACUAUGAAGGUUAUUUCUUCAAGUUGAACGACCUAGAUAACGAGGGCUCCCCCUGCACAGAGAGGAAGUGGACUGAGUACUUCGCUCAGCUCGUCGGGACCGUUCUCUCUCUCUGGGAACCCGCCGCUCUGGAUGCUGCCGGACCAAACGGAGAGGCCAUCCCCACCUUCAUCAAUGUUGCCGAUGCCUCAAUCAAAAUGAUCGAGAAUCUUCCCACCCGGACCCCGGACAGCAGACCGCUGCAGAAUGUCUUGAGCAUCUCCACCGCAGGGAAGAACCGAUACCUGCUACAUUUCAAUUCUCUAAACGCCCUUACCCAAUGGACAGCAGCCAUCCGGCUUACCAUGUUUGAGAAUACCCUGCUUCAGGAAUCGUACACCGGAGCUCUCAUCGCCGGGAAAGGAAAGUCACUAAACAACAUCAAAGCAAUCCUCGAAAGGACAACUUUCAAGUACGAGGACUGGGUUCGAGUACGAUUUGGCCCAGGCACUCCAUGGCGACGAUGUUGGUGCGUCGUGUCUCAGGCCGACGAAAAAGAAACUCAAAAGCACAAGAAGGCUCAGAAAAAGAAGUCCGCAUAUGACCGCCCACAGCCUCCGCCGAAGGGGAAUAUCAAAUUUUACUCUUCGAAAAAGACUAAAAAGUUGAAGCCAAUCGCAACGAUAACCGACGCCUUCUCCGCGUUUGCCAUCUACCCGCAAUCACGUCCGCUGAUCAACCAGUCAACGUUGGUCAAGGUUGAAGGCCAGAUUACCAUCCACACACAGGCGGAAACGACCGCUGAAGGCUUCGUGUUUGUCUUGCCGGAACUACAUGCUGCCGUUUCGGGAUUCGAGAUCAUGCUUCGAUGGCUCUUCCCGGUCUUCGACGCGUUCCAGCUCUAUGGCAGACCUACCCGUCUGCUAGCUGACACCGUUAGCACGCGAAGCUUGAUGUUUGCAAUGCCGACGAAUAAACGGAACGGAUACCUGGACACUCUGGACGUGGCCGCACUCAUCCAUACAGACGGCAGCCGCCACUGGAGCGAGCGAGAAUGGAGACAGCAGAUGAAGGAAGCCACAUCUCGACGGAUGACUUCGGGCAAUAGUAGUCGUGUCAGCAGCAUCUCAGGCAGACGCGGGCCCAACAGGUCCAGUCUUCAAUCGCAGAACGGAUCAUCCCUGAGAUUUGAGGGCACCAAUGGGCAGCCGGUCGCGCGGCGUCUGCAGAACAAUCAUUCCAGCGAUGCGCUGCCUUUGACUCAGAGGCACAAUAACCAGGGGUCCACAGGGGCUCAGUAUCACUCCAAAACCCAUACUCGGGCAGCGUCAGACAACACGAACAAUAUGUAUCGCAAUGGUCCCAUGCACAACUCACAGCACCCCUAUUUUGAUUCUACUUUGCCGGAAGAAGAAUCUCACGAAGGACAACUCCAGCCACCAAACCAUGGGCCUCUUCAAGUUGACGGAGCUGCCGAUGGAUACCUAUCGGGAGACCGAAGCAGCUCUGACAGCGAAAUCAAGGUUGACCAUCCUAACCACCAGGAAAUUAGCUACGACCUCAAGCCAAGCCCUCUCCCGGUGGAUCUGACAAACCCGCCUGUGUUCUCGCACAAUAUACAUGAUAAACCCCACAUCCAGCCGAAGAUGUCCCCCGAGUUGAAGCAAGCUGGAAGUCGCAUCUCGCAUGGAACGCUCUCUCAGAUGGUCGCUAUGAAUCAGCUACAGAAUAUCGAGACACCGACUACGACGGGAUGGGAUGAAAAAGGACAGAGCAUAUCGAUUGAGCCACCUGGUAUAGCCCAAGGCCAUGGAGCCUCUAGCCCCGAGAGGACGAUGUAUAACGGUAAUGCCCAGUUCCCAAGACCAGUCGCAGCUGAUGCUUCAAGCUCGCACUAUUCAUCACCAACAAGCCCUAUACAUUCGGCUCGGGAUGGAAUCCCGCUGAAUUAUCCUGAUGAUCCAGUGAAUGCUAAUUUCUCACCUAAUACUCCUCGACAGUCUCCGCAGAUGCACCUUCAGAUCGAUACGAAUCGAGUGGCCAAUCGAAAACCGGUUCCUACCAGGCAAGAUGGCUCCGAAAGCCCCAGCACAAAGACAAUUUCCAGCCUGGGAAGCCUUCGCAAAGCCAUCGAUAUGGAUGCUUUAAAUCUGCUUAUGACCCGCGAGAGGACCCCAUCUCCGCCGCCUCCGCCCCAAAGGAGGUUCAUGCCAGAUGUUGAGAGCACGUAUGAUCAAGGUUCAACAACCACUCCAGACUACGCCAGCUCACACAAAUCAUCGGUAUCCGGUCGGUCAGCAAAAUCAGUGGCGAGACCGAGAAUGGGUAGGAAGCGGGUCGUUGGAACGCCGGAGCCCACUCUAGAUGAUGUGAUUAUUGGCGAUACUCGCUACGUUGCAGGAUCUAAUAUUCCCGAGCCGAAUCCAAAUAUACCACUGGUUGAUUUUGGCCCAACUCACACCUACAGUCCCGGAACUGGAAGACCAAGCACAGGGGGCACGUUGGCGCUGUUAAGCACCGACAAGAAUUCAUCGGAGCCAAAUUUGGGGAAGAGCGACAAGCGCUCGACCUGGUUCGGCAUGGAGAAUAAGCCGGCUAAAUCGCCUGGACAUGAAGAGAGAAGGCGCAGUUUUCUCUGGCAACCUGGCAUGGUGGACAGUAGUCAGCACAGCCCCGGCGCCGGAUUGACACCUGAACAGUUCGUGGAACAACGUGCAUCUAGCGGAAGCAGAGGUGCUUCUCCAGUCUAUAACCACUACCACCACCGUGAUUCGUCGCGCCAUUUGUCGUCUCGUCCCGUUUCAGGCGAUUGGGCAAAUCAAUCCAAACAGCAACCGAUGAACCAAGUGAACCAUCAGCCACCGAGACCGAGUUCUCGAGGCUCAACCAUCAUGUUGAAUCAACCAGACUUAUCCCCUCAUCUUUCGGCUCGAGAACAAGAACAUGUUGCUCGCGUCACCGGCUCUUCGUUUUUCAAUAUGGAUAAAGAGGCUAGCAAACGAGCGUCGAUGCUUGAGUUUGGCUCGGGGCUUGUGAGUGCGAUAGACGCCCGCGAGCGCGAGAAGCAAGCGAUGAAGGAAGGCUAUGGUGGACAGAUGGUGCAGCAAGCUAUCAUGCAACGACAGUAUCAGGGGCAGUUCCAGCCAAACCCACAGCCAAUGCAACAUCCACAGCUGCAAUUUCAACCGCAACCGCAGCCAAUGCUACACUCUUCCGCAUCGCAGUAUCAGCUGCCGGUGAAUCAAUAUCCCAUGGGAUCCCAUGCCGCAAGUGUCUACAACUUGCCCACCCGUUCUAAUGCACCCUCGCGAUAUCAUCGAUUUUCAAAAUCCCAGGACCGUCUACAGUUUAUGUAAAACUAUAACACUGACCUUUGCAGGCUGGGCUCCUCCAUCAGCAUCCAAAUAAUCCCAAAUCUCGCUGGCAGGAGUUUAUGGAGUGGAUUGUUGUUCAACUUUGAGAAUAAAGGGGGGCGGAAAUUCGAGCAUGUUAGAGUUAUUUGAUCUUUUUCUCGGUUUUUUGGUCUUCAUUUCCAGGGUGUUUUCAUUUUGCAUUUUGUUUUCAUUGUUACCCCAUCACCAGCUCUUUCCAUACUCCCGUACAUUCAUUGUUUGCUAUCUCUCUCUCUCUCUCUCUCUCUCUCUCCAUUCACACUUUCAUUGUCGUGCAUUUCAGGGACUGGGAAACACAUACUAAAUACAUCGCUUCUUUGAAGGGUUUUGUUUCCUUUUUUCCCCCUUUUCUGCAUCCAGAAAAAUUAUUCCAAACACAAAUACCAAGCGAGGUCUGCAUCUCUCUUUUGUUUUUUUUUUUGUUCUGUGCACAUGCUUGUCUUUGUUGUACUCUGUCUCAUUGCCCAAACUAUCUUUUCUUAUACUGUUUAGAGUAUCACCAUCUUGUUAUUUGCUGGUCUCCAUUAGGUUUUAACUACGUAGCUGCAUAAAUAGAGAUGAGAGGACUGCAA